AUACGAUGUGUAAAUUUUGUUAUCUUAUUUAUUCAUUUAAAUAAUCUAGAAUUUCUUUCAUUCUACAUUAUAAAUCAUUCAAUUUUUGUUUUGCACUUUUAAUUUAUUUUCAUAAUUCUUUUAGUUCAAUAUAAAUUUAAUUUAAAAAAUCAUGUUUAAUAUAUAUAAUCAAGUUUUCAUAUUAGGUAUUUUGUCACUGCUGCAUGCUGCAUAUUCUGCAGCGCAACAUCGAGCCUAUUUAAGGAUUACUGAGCAAGAAUUUGAUGGUUUACCAAUAGAUAUUUUUGUUCAAGGUGUCAUUAGCUUUUUUGUAUCAAUGUUUGGAGUUUUAAAUUUGGCUGGUGAUUUCAAAGAAGUACGUGCAAUUGAAGAAUUAGAAAGUAAAACUUGGGAAACACUACAUAAUGUGCCAUCUUUUUAUAUUUUUAAUCAUAGAGGUAAAUCUCUAUUCUCAGAGAACCAUUGAUAAAAAAAAACAAAAUAUGUGUGUAAUUUUGUAAUGUACAAGUUAAGAAAAAUUGAUCUUAUUAAUGAUGUCAUUAAUUUUUCAAUAUAACAUUAAAUUUAUAAAAUAUAAAUAAGUUUAUUGUAUAAAA